AUGGAAAGCAAUGAUGGCAGUAAAGUUCUUAAAGUAAGAAGAAAUAAAACCAAAAUAGAGAAGCCAGUGGCAUGCUAUUAUUGUAGAGCUAGGGUCUCACCAGAGUGGAGAAGCAGUUUGGUAGAAAUUGAUGGUGUUUUAAAAAAAGUAGCUGCAUUAUGUGAGGUUAAUGUUUGUACAAAUACUAAUCCUUCUACUUUGUCUAUUCUUAGACUUGAACUUAAAAAUGGGCAUAACAACAGAAGACCACAAUCCAUUCUGUCAGGCAGCGAUUCAUAUUAUGAUUCUAUGAUUGAUGUUUCAAUUGAAUGA